ACUUUAUAUCUGUGUGUUUUCCUUUCGGGCGUGUAAAAGUGAAAAUGCGAGUGGGCGGCGACGAAGCGACGACGACGAUGCGCGCGAUUUUCUCGCGUGAGGCUGGCGGAACGUUCAAGAUGGCACUGCCACGGCGGUCCACGCCGAUCGACUUGACAGUCCAUGGAGCCGCCCGGCGGACCCGUCGUUAUUUAUUCCGGAAUAUAAAUUAUAAGUAUAAAUAA